AUGAGGUAAAUAUACCAUAAACAUUAAGAAAAUAUCGAAAGCGAACGUUCCGUUUCACUUGUUCACUUGGACCGAGAAGCGGAGUGUUCCUUUCCCACACGCGGAUACCCGUAGGCAAAAAAUGGCGCCAAGGUAUGAAAUGGCCGUUGGCCUCAACAAAGGCCACAAGGUCACAAAGAACACAAGAAAGCCAAAGCCCAGUUCCCGUAAAGGGAAAAUCACCAAACACAAUAAGUUUGUGAGAGACAUUAUCCGUGAGGUUAUGGGCUUUGCACCUUACGAGAAGCGUACAAUUGAAUUGCUAAAGGUGUCAAAGGACAAAAGGGCCUUGAAGUUCCUCAAGAAAAGGUUGGGCACCCACAUUCGUGCUAAGAGGAAGCGUGAAGAGAUGCAGCGCGUAAUGGGCCAACAGAGGAAGGCUGCUGCUGCUGCUGCCGCCGCCGCGGCUGCUGCAGCUGCUGCCGCUGCAGGCCACAAAUAAAUUGUUUUAUAAUAAAUGAAAACAUAA